UAACACCCGUGGUGCGGUCGUCUACUAUCGGUGCUGGUCCUGCACAUAGCUCGUUCAUUACAGCUCCGUGCAGCGUACAGUAGUGGAUGGCGUGCGGGUGCUUCCGGGUGGCUGUGUAUUCGGUGUUAUUCGUUUUGUUCUUCCAUUUCUUCCGUGGUCCCCGGCAUCCGUGCGUAUCCCUUUUCCGUCCGGUUUGAAUCGGGCGGGUGUGUUGAUUAAUAAGAUAUCCGGUCAUCACUGCUGCUUCCGUCGACUCGUUCAACCCGAGUUCGGUUUUUUUCUCUCUCCCCGGUGUGGUACAUUGAUCCCGUUGUGUUUCGCGUCGCUGGUGAAAAUGUUCUUUGUGAUUAGAGUGUAAAAUAAAAACGAAGCUGGAAAAACAUGGCGACCGAUCGCUUUGUUCCGAAUCCUUCGAGUGCGUGUGGAACGUGAAAAUUGGUUCCACCGAGCAUCUGGCUUGUCGAGAAGCGGUGGUAAUUGAUGUGCCCCAGCAACAAUUAUCCGCUUUUUGUUGUCUGCCCAGCUGUGAAUAGUUUCAUGCGUGUGUGUUUGCUGUUUCUUCCAUACAUCUCUCAAGUGGGGGUUACUCCUUUACCUAGAUCGAGCUUUCUUUAUCCGUGAUGCUAUCUGUGUGUACGUUUGUAUUUAAAUAGUGAAACAAAAAACGUAGUUUAGUGUGUAAUUUAGCAAAAGGUGUGUGUUUCAUUGUUUUGUCACUCACACGCACUCCCCUAUACGUGCAAAUAUACAAACAUGUCCUUCACAGCACACACCGUUCGAAUAAUCCAGGACAUGUGUGCCAACAACCAGCCCACAUGUCACCUGUGCCCCGACGUCGAGUCCAAGCAGGCGGCGGUGGCGCGUGCUUCUUCUUCUGGGGGGAUAAAGGCAAAAAUCGAUGGUAGCACACCGCACGGCAAGUGGGAAGUUUAAAUUACGCAAAAAAGGGGCAAAAAUCGAUUCUUCCUGCCACGCGCUUCAAACGUCGGCUGCCAAACGAAAGAGCGACCGAGAGAGAGUGAGAGCAGGAACAAGAAAGAAAGAGGGAGAGAUAAAAAAGAUAGCAAAAGGAUCAAACACAUCCUCCCACCAAGUGCGUGUGUUGCGCUGGUGGGUGUAGGAGCGACUGUGUAUGUGUGUUGUAUGUGUGCAUUUUAAAUGGUACAUCCGAGAAUCCUUGCGCGAAACAAGUGCCAAAAGUUGGGAAGUGGAACUAGCAAAUGUGUAAUCAUCAGUGCAAGAUCCAUCCAUCCAGCCUCCAGAACGCUGCCAUAUUAAGCCCGAUGAUGCUGGUGCUAAUGAUUUAAACAUUAUUUGCAAUUCGAUUGUCGAAGCGUCCACCGCGUUCCAGCGGAUCCUGUAGCUGCUGUAAGGAUAAUACGGUUAGCAGCAGCAGUGCAGCAGUAGUGAGGUGCCACCUUCCAAUCAUCAAGAUGAACCCCGACCGGAACAGCCGGAAGUAUCGCUCCGGAAACAAUCUGUACAGCGACGAUGAGCUGGAAUUAUCGUCGUCACAGGUGCUGGAGAAGGUGAAACCAGACCGCGUAACUUCCACCAAACCGGACGAAGACCGACGCCGCCGCACGAUCAUCGUGGAGAAGAAGAAUGGAUCGUACGGGUUUACGCUGCAAAGCUACGGCAUCCACUACAAGAAGGAGCAGGAGGUCGAGGUGAUCACGUACGUCGAUUACGUCGAGUACGACGGUCCUGCGUACCGGGCCGGGAUGCGCGAAGGGGACGUCAUCCUGUCGAUCAACGGUUACGAUAUGGAGAAGGCCGAACACAAGGAUCUGGUCAACUUUAUCAAAAACUGUGAUAAUAGAAUGCGCAUGGUGGUGCUGUUUGAGGAUUGCUGCCGGAAGGUGGAGCUACACCUUAAGUACAUCCAGCUGCAGGAUCUGCUCAAAAGUAAGAUGGCCGAUUUGGAACGGAUUUGCUUGCGGGAACGCGAACUGCUGGAAGGAAAGUGGAAAACGCACAGCUUACCGGCCCGGAAGAAAACGAACGCACCGGGUGGCGACGAUAUUGAUCCGGGUUCGACGACGGACGUGGAAUCCGGCACCACCGGGCCAUCCUUUUGCCGUCCGGCAGCGUCCACCGAGGACGUGAAGAAGUUGCUCCGGCAGAAAACGUACAUCGUACCACCACCGGCACAAUUUAUGCUGGCCUAUCAUUGCCUGGACAGUAACUAUCGUUACGUGAUCCAUCCUUCCCAAGCCGGUGCGUGCGACAGUGCGAGCGGUACGGAAUACUCAACCUCCUGUGCUCAACCGAACAACCCGACAGCGGCCAAACUUUGCAAGGACCAUCAGCAUAUGAUGCGUGGCUCCUCCCUAGACAGUAGUUCCCUGGGCUGCAAGCAGCAGCAGCAGCAGCAGCAGCAGCAACCGGCGUCUUCCGCCUCGCCAACAAAAAGUCUUCACAAUUACGACACCAAAGCAUCGAAAUCGUCGUCCACGCGGCGCGCUGGCCAUCUGCACGGACACUCGUGCAAUCCCUGUAUGGGGCACUUUCUGCGUAGCAGCAGUAGCGAUAAGAACCGAGCCGGCGAGAAGGAUAACACCAGCCUGGAUGCGUACGAUCUCGCCAGCCCGUGCUGUGAUCCACAGUGUGUUCCAUCGAGGCGCAAGUCGAAACACCACAAAGACCAUCACCACAAGCACAAACACCGGGACCGGGAGGCGAAGGAAACGGGUGGGAAGGAUCGCAUACCACGGCCAAAGUCACAGCCACAUAUCUCGCCGCAGCAACAGCAGCAGCAGCAACCGCAGCCACACACACAGUCAAACUAUCUCUAUCGCCACAAAGAUAAGCACGAUCAUCACCAUUCGAAAGUGUAUGACCUAAACGCUAGUCUCGCCAGCCAUUGUAGUCUGCACUCGUGCACGUCGAGCGAGUUUAACCCGGCGGCCGAGCACUCGCCCGCCUCCUACAGCACCUCCAUCAGCACCGACACGCUCUACUGGGAGCCGCACAGCGAAACGACCACCGUGUCCGCGUCCGGCUCCAUCCACAAGAAGCCACCGGUGCCGGCCGGUGGCCCCACCACCAGUACGCCCAGUGCGCUCGUCCCGAUCGGUGGCCGACCGCCGCACACACACCAGCACCACUACUACAUCCAGAAGUACGUCCAUCCGCAGCACCAUCCGGGUGCGGCCGGUCCGCAGCAGCUGGCCUGCUAUCCACCGCCACCUCCCCUGCCCGCCGUACACAAACCCAAAUCCUGGGACAAUCUCGCGAUGAAAGGGUACGGUGGGUAUGGGUACGGGUACGGCUAUCUGGAGGUGGCGGGAGGCGGCGCGGCGGCCACCAAAACCAACCUGCCAACCGCUACCCGCACCCAAACCACCAUCACCAUCCAGCACCGCAACUCGAUACCGAAGAAAAAUGGGUACGAGCGGUACUCGGCGUUUGUUGACGUGGAAAACUAUGCCCCACCGCCGACCCAGUUCCUGCAGGAAACCACCACAACGACCACCACAAUCACGACGAAAUCGACGGAGAAUCUGCUCGGCGCACCGUACAACCGGUCCGACUCGAGCCUGUCCUGCGAGUGUCUCGAGACGGCCCCGCUAACCGGUGGCACCAUGGUCGAACACGUGCCCGACAAAUCCGGCUACUAUUCGAGCCUUGGCGGUGGUGGUGCCGGCAGUUCCGGUGGCACAAAGAAAUCCAAUCCCAAUCUGACCGAAAUAGCACGCCUUUAGAAGCAGUGCUUUCUGCGCGUCGUGGUAGGCAAGGUAGAGCGAGUAGCGUGCGUAGCUGGCCAGCCCAUUCCAGAUCUGCUCACUCAGCUCCAUUUACCUUUGUUUGGGCGAGGUAAAUGUUGAACGUUUUGUGGUAACGUUGCGUGAAGUAGAAAGCAGCAAGUAAGACAAGCUUUUUGCAUCCGGCCGUGUGAUACAAAGCGAGCAGGUCUCUUUCCUUUUUUGUUACCAGGUUUUCCCGAUUUAUGCUCGCAAGUUCUCGAAACGUUUAGUUGCGUUUCCAGCAUUCCGCAGGGAUGAAGAGUAGCACCUAGCUAGAGUGUUCGCUACAGCGUGUUAAAGUUCGUAUUGGCUCUACCACUUAACAGUGAAUGGAGCUGUUUUUUUAAGGCGUCGCUUACCUAGAGACUUAGGUGAAUAGUGGACACACUAUUUAACACCAGAGAGAGAGAGAAGGAGAACCAGGUUUGCUCAGUACUUUUUGUUCCGAGUAGCGCAGAAUUGCAGUUAAAGAAGAUAUCAUGGCGAAGUAAAGAAGCGCAUUGUUGGGAGAGAAGCUGUCGGCGGAAGGACGGGAUCAGUGGAAAAGGAUCCAACGUGUGAACGAAUGCUGCCGUAGGGACAGGCGUCCACGUAAGGUGAGGAUUAUGAUUAAGGAUAAUACAUAAAUCUUGCAGAGCUAACGAUUUCAUCAAAA